GCAUUCCCUGCCCGCUGCCUUGUUUAGGGUCAUCGCUUCGUGUUAUCAGCUGCGGCCUGUAGAUCGUUUUGGCAUCUAGUUGUCAACGCGCGUCUGUAGUGUAGCAGCUGUGCUGGUGUCUUCACUGGCGCUGCCCCCACCACCACCAGCAGCACGCGAGUGGACCCUGGACCAAUAGCGACUCGCAGCUGCGGGCCCCCCCCCCCCGCGAAGAUGCCAGGGGUCAUCGACCUCCGCCUCGCGCCGUCUUCGGCCGUCGCCGCUUGGCUGCGCCACCUGUCUCUGGACGCCUGCUCGAGGAUCGGUUGGGUGCUGACGAAAGCUGAGUCGGUGAUGGGACGUGUGCUGACUGCGGCGGAAACGUGCGUGUGCUUGCUCAGCUCCGAGGGGAAGCUGACUCUGGCCAAGCCGCCGCAAACAGUGCUGGCCCGACUGAAGUGGUUCGCCCGCCGGUCGCUUGGAGCGCUGCUGCGCCGCGCAUGCGCGCUGGGCGCCGCUCUCUUCUACUACACCCGGCGCGUGACGCCGUCCGACCGCAGACCUGUCGCGACCUGCGCGUCUCCGACGGAGGUACAGCCGGAACCGGAAGCGGAGGAGUGCGCUGAAUGCCGGACCCGAGCGGAAGUGCUGAGAUACCGACGGAAGCUGCGCAGGGAAAGAACUCAGAACUUCUAGAGAAGACUCGUGCUCCAUCGAUCCAUUGAACAUUCGAACUCGCUCAGUAUUCAUCUAUGUUAACACGAAACAAUUAUUUUAUAACUUUUUUUUACUAACGAUGUAUAUUAUUGUCUUAGCUUCAUAGAACAUUCAUUUAACUUAAUAUUUUUUUUUUACUUUUUUUUAACUUAACAAAGAAUAAUCAAUUGUAAAUGUAAUUUUAAAUGUAAAUUUUAAAAUUUUUGUGGUUUUAAAAAUGUAGGAAUAAAGAAAAUUUAAAAAAAAA